AAGAAUAGCACAUUAGACAUGUGAAAGGGCAACACACGAAUUGUAAGAAUCUAGUAAUGUGUCCAAAAAGCAUACAGCUGUGAGCACUAAAUAUUCGAGCCCACAAACCCAACAAGGAAAAUUCCAUUCCUCCUCCCACCAAUUUCCGAUGGACCAACACCAAACUCAACAGCAGCAGCAAAAAUGGGAAGGAAAGGUGAGCACAGGACUGCCAAAAGCCAAAGCAGAACAAAUAUGGCCUCUAUUCACCGACUUCUUUAACAUCCAUAAAUGGUUGCCUACUUUACGCACCUGUUAUGGCAUCUGCGGCACCAACGGUGAGCGCGGCUGCGUACGCUACUGCGCAGGCUUCUCAAUCCCGCCCGAAGUUACGGACAAGAGCCACCUUAAUCAUAAUAGUAGCUGGUCUAAGGAGAGAUUAGUAGCCGUUGAUCACGUUGAACGCUGUCUGACAUACGAGAUUGUCGAUAGCAAUAUUGGGUUUAAGUCGUAUGUUUCAACGGUCAAGAUCGUUCCCGCCGGUGUGGGCAAUGGAUGUGUUAUUGAGUGGUCGUUUCAGGUUGAUCCUGUAAAAGGGUACGUUUUGGAUGAUUUGAUCAAGAAGUAUGAACGGGCUUUACAGGUUAUUGGUAAGAGGAUGGAGGAUAGUUUUGAUGUUUCAAAGCCACUCCUGCUGACAGAAAUAUCAGAGCGCAAAUGGGACGGCAAGGCCACAGUGGAGCUGAAAGGCCUAACAGCAGAUCAAGUAUGGCCUUUUGUAGCGGACUUCUGCAAUCUACACAAGUGGUUCCCAAAUCUUGAUACUUGUUACCAAGUGGAGGGUCAACUAGGCCAGCCUGGCCUGGUCCGAUACUGUGCAUCUGUGCCGCAACCAUCCUCGGAUGGUUCGGGUGAGACCACGUUUAGCUGGGUUAAGGAGAAGCUUGUAAUGAUUAAUCCCGACGAACGAUGUUUGAGCUAUGAGGUCGUUGACAGUAGUAUGGGAUUCGAAUCAUAUGCGGCAACUUUCAGACUCUUGCAAGUGAAUGGCGAUGCUCAACAUGGGUGCAAGAUUGAAUGGUCAUUUGUUUCGGAUCCGGUUGAAGCGUGGAGUUUUCAGGAUUUUGUAACAUAUGCUAAUUCAUGUCUUCAGUUCAUGGCAAAGAAGAUUGAAGAUGCUGUCUCCUCUGUCUCUGCCUGAAACUUACUGUUGUGUCGUAGUUUGGCUGUUAUUUUGUUUGCUUAGCCUGAGUCAUGGUUUGCUCUUGCAACUUUGUUAUUGCCUAUUUAGUAAAUGCUAAUCUAAUUAUGUUCAAUCGAAAAAACUAGAUGAGUACAGAGGUUUUGUUUAUUGAGAGAGCUCGGUGAUUAAUACAUGUCUGCAGUACUUCUCCCA